AGUAGGAACUGUGUGGCAGUAGCAGUAAGUUGUUGCUAGCGAGCAGUCUGGUGUAUCGUGUUGGCUGGGCCGGUCGUGUGCAGCGAUGGCAGAGCCUGAGCGUUGUAGGAUAAGUUGGUUCCCCGAGUCUCCACGCUGGCUGGCGUGCAGGGGUCGCGAGCAGGAGGCGCUGGCCGUUGUGCGUCGCAUAGCAGCCACCAACGGCUCCACGGUGCCACCGUUCGCCUUGCAGGUGAUCCAGACCGUGGGCAAGAGCAAGACAGACAGGAGGGGCUUCCUCUGCAUCUUCUCCAGCUGGAGCGUCUUCAGGAACUCAAUGAUCCUCAUCAUUGCCAGGUCGGUACACCUGCUAGCUAUGUACUCACUGGUGAUGGCGGUGAGCCGACUGAGCGCGAACCCUUUCCUUGGGAUAGUGGCGCAGGGAGCCGCCAAGCUGCCCGGCCACUUCAUGGUGAACUACUGUGGGGCGAGGUUCGGUCGCCGUUGGUCCAGUGUCGCCAGUGCACUGUUGGCUGCACUGGCCAGUCUCCUCGUCUUCUACCUGCUGACUGAACACAUCGAGGGCGCAGCCAUCGUGAUGGCGACCAUGCUGAUGCAGUUGAGCACCGUCGCCGGUAUGGGCAUGGCCAACCUGCAGAGCAUCGAGUUGCACCCCACGUGUCUCCGCCAGAUCGCUACGAGUGUUGAGUAUGCUGUUGCUGGGAUUUCCAUGUCUUCCCUGCCCUACCUGGCGCUGAUGGAUGACAAGCGACUUCCCUUCGCCAUCCUCUGUGCCCUCGAGUUGAUGGUAGCGUUUUCUGUGUCGUUCCUGCCAGAAUCUGCGUUGCGGCGAUUACCAGAAACGUUAAGGGAUGGUGCCGUCUUUGGCAGAGGGCAACCAUACUGGAGCUGGAAACCAAAACCACCUCUUCAGUACGCCACAGGAUAAACGAGUUCCAGAACUUCCUUAUAGCGUAGUUCUACACUGGUCAUAGUGUAGCAGCUGACAUGUUAAUGUGACGCUAGCAGCCUAAGACUUCUGUUUGCUGACAUCUUACAUGACUUGCUCGGCCUGCUAUGAGUGAUUAACAGUGCAGUUCGAACUUUUUUUCUAAUCUGUAAACAGUAGCACGAAAACUAAGGCUGACCAUGAUUAGAUUAUAAAUUUACUCUCUGGUGCAACUAGCGACUCCGCAGAAUCAGUUUUUACAAGACACAGGCAAUAAUUACUGGACGAACUACUUGUAGGGUCCAUCUCCACGUCCAUCUCCAUGGUUUCUGUCUGACCAUUUAUGACCGCCCUAUCCAAUAAACGCUACACCAAACUAAACCGACAUACAAACCGCAAAUACUGGCUGUCCAAAGAAAAAAAUCUCACAAUAGACUAAAACUACACGCUGCACAACUAACACCCUUAAUCUGAGGACUAAUCCUUUUAUGCCAACGUCGCCUGGAUUUAUACCCCCUUACACCCACACCUUUAAUUUUAACACUCCCCCAAAAAUGAUACUAUGCAACCCUCCUCGCUCUCUGUAUCCACCCACUACCUCCUCCACCACAUGUUACACCAACAAGCGCUC